CUCUGCUGACGUGUAUCUAGGGACACAUAGGAAGUAGAUGGCGGUGGUUGUUUGACAAAUGUUGUGAGAGAUUCAGUGGACAAAGACAGUGGCAUGUCCACUGAACACCGGAAUAACUGGAGUAAGAGACUGGAGCGCGUCCACAGACACAGAGAUCACGGAGCAGCAUGGGUAAACGGAGAGCGCCUGAGCUCUACAGAGCCCCCUUCCCGCUCUACACUGUGAAAAUCCACCCUGAGACCGGCCUGAUCAUCACAGCCGGUGGAGGAGGCGCGUCCAAGACCGGGAUCAAGAAUGGAAUGCAUUUCCUGAGUCUGGAUCUGGUCGGCGGCAUGCACAGCGCCACCUUGCUGCACACUCACGAAACGGACACGCGAGCCACCAUGUGCAUGUCUCUGGGCGGGCAUGUGAUCGCAGCGGGACAGGACGCCAACUGCAGCCUGAUGAGGUUCAGUCACCGGGAGGCCAAACAGGCCAAGAAACCUGCAGCCAAAGAUGGAGCUGGAGAUAAAGGUGCAGCAAGGAAGAGAGGCGGGAAAGGCCAGAACGGAGAUGGAGGAGGAGGAGACGUGGCUCAGAUGAAGGAGGACUCUACUCAGAUAGUGGUGGAGGAUGCCGGGGCGGUCCAGGCAGACCUCAGCCCGCAGGACCCCUGCGUGAAGUGUGUGCGCUUCAGCUCCGACCUCGCGCUUCUGCUGAGCGGCGGGGCCGACGGUUUCGUCAGAGUGUGGGAGUUCCCCUCUCUGAAAGAGAAGUUCAGCUUCAGAGCUCACAAGGACGAGCUGGAGGAUAUAGACAUCAGUCCUGAUAACAAGCACAUUGUAACAGUUGGCCGUGAUUUCGAGUGCAGCGUGUGGAGCGGCGAUCAGCUGGCCGUGGGUUUGUGUUGGCAUGAAAACAUGCCUCAGAUCACUGAGAAGAUGUACCGAUACAAGUCAUGCAGGUUUGCAAAGGUAGAGGACCAGAAGGACGCUUUAAGACUCUAUACGGUCCAAAUCCCCCACAAACGGGACCGCAAACCCCCUCCCUGCUACAUCACCAAAUGGGACGGACGGGCUUUCCUGCCGCUGCUCACGAAGCCCUGCGGGAAUGAAGUGAUAUCUUGUCUUGCAGUGAGUGACUCCGGAACGUUUCUUGGUCUCGGGACAGUGACGGGGUCCGUGGCAGUCUAUAUAGCGUUUUCCCUGCAGAAACUGUACUACAUCCAGGAAUCUCACGGCAUUGUCGUCACGGACCUGGCGUUCCUCCCCGAUGCUCCUAAAAGUGAAGCGGUGAAGGGCAAUAAUGAAGUGGUCAUGCUGAGCGUAGCCGUGGACAGCCGCUGUCAGAUGCAUGCCGUGUCCAACCGGAGGUCAUUCCCGCUGUGGCUGGUGCUGUUCUUCUGUGGUCUGAUGGUGGUCGGAGUGAUCCUGCUCCUGCAGUCUCUCUUCCCAGGAUUCAUUUAGUCCAUAGCGUAUCCAUUCAUUUUAUAUACUUAAAAAAUGGCUCGAAAGCAAACCUGGAUCGGUGAAAUUGUUCGAAUGAAUUGGAAAUAAUAACGGAAAUGGGAAUGCCAGUGUUUAGCAUCAUGUUUUUAACUGAAGUAUCAUCUCUGGAGUGUGAAUAUGAGCUCUGAAUUCUUAUGAAUCAGAUCAGAUGAAGAAUUUUGGGCAUGAGCUGAAGAUCCUGAAGCUCUCUUUCUCCCCGUCCGUGAGAGAAAUGUUUCAGGAUCAUUGAAAGGCUGGAUGGAAACGGGACUGGAUUUCCUCACGAGGACGUCGACCCCUCCACCAGCAGCAAUGCCUUUUAACGGAGAAAUAUAUAUAUAUGCAGGGAAAUUCAACAGUGAAUUAUUUUAAAUAUUUAAAACCAUGUAAAAAUAUAAAUACACGUCUGAACAACA